GCCAGUGUCAGGUGUCUGCUUUUAGCUACUUUUUCUUCUGCUCUCUCUUAAAGCUCUAAAGCCAGGCUAAACUCGCCCCAUUCUCUCUCUCUCUUUUCUUCUCUGUACUUUACUUUUAUUUGCAAUCAAGAACACUAAAGUCCAGCAGAGCCCCUCGAGUCUUUCCUCAUUGACCCAUGAUAACACCAUGAAUCUUCUGUAAGCACCACUUAUGGAAACGGGUUCGGGUUGUUUGACUGAGUCAGGUAACUCCAACGCUUCUUCUCCACCUGCCGAGUCAAUAAAUGGGUUGAAAUUUGGCCAAAAAAUCUAUUUUGAGAAUGCAGGGGCUGGGACUCCGGCCAAGUCCGCAUCCGGGUCUUCGUCCUCCGGGUCUGGGGGCCCGGCGAGGAAGGUUCACGGCGGACAGCAGCAGCCACCCAGGUGCCAAGUUGAGGGAUGUAAGGUGGAUCUGAGUGAUGCUAAGGCGUAUUAUUCCAGGCACAAAGUUUGUGGCAUGCACUCCAAGUCUCCUAAGGUCAUUGUUGCUGGUUUGGAGCAAAGAUUUUGCCAGCAGUGUAGCAGAUUUCAUCUUCUUCCUGAAUUUGACCAAGGAAAACGAAGCUGCCGCAGACGCCUAGCUGGUCAUAAUGAGCGGCGGAGGAAGCCACCACCUGGACCAGUGAUGUCAUCUCGCCAAAGCCGACUCUCUUCAGCAAUUUUUGAUAACAGCAGCAGAGCUGGGAGCUUUCUUGUGGAUUUCAGUGCUUACUCAAGGCUUACUGGGAGGGAUGCAUGGCCUGGUGCAAGGCCCUGUGAGCGGGCACCUGGGAAUCAAACCACAGCUGCAGGAAGGUCCGUUCCUCAUCCUCCAUGGCAGAAUAGCUCUCAGAAUCCUCCAUCCAACAUCUACAUGCAAGGUUCAGCAAGUGGGACUGGUUUUUCCAGUUCUGGAAUUCCUUCAGGAGAAUGCUACACAGGAGUUGGCAUUGCUGACUCGAGCUGUGCUCUCUCUCUUCUGUCAAAUCAACCAUGGGGCCCAAGAAACCAAGCAUCAGGGCUUGGGAUGAAGGACCUGGUUAAUCCCCAAGGGGUUCCCAUGGCUCAAUCAACAGCUCCGCAUGGUGCAGUUGUCAAUCAAUAUCCAAACGCUUCCUGGGGUUUCAAGGGCAGUGAAGCGAGCAGCAGUUCGCACGAGAUGUGCCCUGAUCUGGGUCUGGGUCAAAUUUCACAGCCUCUGAACAGUCAAUUCUCUGGUGAUCUUGAGUUAUCUCAACAGAAUACAAGGCAGUACAUGGCACUUGAUCACUCCAGGGAAUACGACUCUUCUACCCAGCAUAUGCACUGGUCGCUUUAAGUGACCCUGUCUAUCUGUUUAGUAUGUAAGUCUUAAUAAUAAAACCUGGAACCUUCAUGUCAGGAAGGUGAACUUAUGUUUUGUUGGGAUAAACCCAUGCGUACUCUUUUGGCUCUGGGUAUGUAUUCACUAAAGAUUGUAAGAUACUAACUAAGCAAGAUGUUAACUUUGCUCUAUCUAUUAGUACUUCGCAGUUGUCUCUCUAAAA